GAAUGGAUGUGUGCUUCACCUCGCUUGCGGAAUUCAUAUUUUGAUGAUACUUUCAAGGGAGACAAGGAAGAGAGGUUACAACAUGAAGACUUUCAUUCUUUUAUAUUUUCUAGGACUAACUUGCAAGAAGGUCUCCGCAAUGGACAACUCAACAAAAGUCUACUAUAUGGAACUGAGAACCGAGAAGUCCAUACCGGACAACUAUAUAUCUGAUAUACUCAACAAUUUUAAAAUUGACAAUCCCGUGAGUGUUGACACCUUUAAAAUUACAACAGAUUGUGUCCCUCUUGAAAACCAAACUCAGUGCACUUGCGAGCUAGGGCAUAUCUGGAGUGAAGCAGUGUGUCAGUCUUCACCUAACUGUUGUCAACAAAAAAACUGCACAUUUAAAAACCUAAACACAAAACCAAUGUGUCUCCCUGAAACAAGAGUUACUGUCGACGGAUUACUUACCAUACCUGGAGAGGUAUAUUAUGAGAGUCUCAGCAAUCCACAAUCUGCUGAAUAUAUGGCAUUGUAUAACAAAUUAUUGCCACAGAUGAAAGCGUUGUACAGUACAUUAAAUUCGUUUGACAACAUACGCAUCACAGGGUUCAGUCGUGGUAGUGUCAUCGUUCAUUUUGAAUUGACCUUCAACAACAUUUCAGCUGACGACCUUGCAAUCAAAACAGCAGAAUUGCAAAAAACACUCAAUGCUACGUUCACGCUAGAGACAACAGGCCUUGUUGAGAUCACAGUACCAGAAGGCCCGGUAAAAUAUGGUUCUACCCAGACAAUAUUCUGCCAAACCAAGGAGGACAUGAAACCAAUUAAAUGGGCUUUGACAAGCAGUCAAAAUAAAACAAAUGACGUUACAACAGGUACUGAGUCUACGGUGACACCCACGAGUAGGAACUUCACAGUUGUCCUCAGACAGGCAUCGGAGGUCUGGGAAGGGCUGUACAUGUGUGUCUUCAAUCCAAAAUCAUCCAACGUGACCAUAAACCACAGAGCCAGUGCCACACUAGACAUAGCGCUACUGCCACAAAUUGAUAUUAGUAGCACACCCCAAUUUCCAGACUGCUCCAUGGUAAAUAAUGAAAACAGAAUCCUUGUCACAGUUCAAUGUGAAAUUAAUAAUAUCGCUGAAAACUAUAAAGUGACAUGGAGUACGACCCACACUGAAAGUCCAUUAAAUAAUCGAACAGAUGUUACCAGUAACAGCAUAAUUUACAGGAUUGAUACGACUGUUAGCUGCAGAGAUUCAGAAAAGCCAACUGUAACAUGUACAUUUAUGAACGUCCUGUCCCAAGAGAGAAAUGCCACUGUCAAUAUCCCCGUUAUCUACAAGAAUUCAAAUUAUUGUAAUGCUGAUGGUGACUGGCCAAAAGCAAAGGCUGAAUUUCAGGCAGUGCUGAAGUGUAAAGAUGGUAUUGGAAAAAGAAAGAGACUGUGUUUGAAUAAUCGAUAUUGGAAUGAUGAAAUAUCGAACUGUGUAAAUGUAGAUCUACAUGAUAUCCUCAUGGAUUCACAGAACCUUGCAAUAGGACUUGGGUCAGUUGAAAAAAAUGCUGGGGACAUAUUUUCACGUCUGAACUCUUCCACCUUUACCCCCAAUUCCAUCAACACUUAUGCUAAUAUAAAUGCUUCCGUGUCCAUUCUCUCCACCAUGUACAAUGUAAUCAAUGCAUCUCAAAACAAUUACACACUGAAUGACGCUCAAUUAAAAGAUGCCCUAUCAUCAUCCAGCAAUCUUUUGGAUGGCGCUCUUGACAAGUCAUGGGAAUAUCCAUCUGACAUUGGCAACACAUCCAUGGCUGAAAGAUAUCUGCUUUCUGUUGAGGGCCUGGUUAAACAGUCAGAUGUCCAGAAUAUAACAUACCAACACACAAACGUAGAGUUGAAUGGCUGUAAGCCGGAGACAUCUUGUGAGAACAAAGUUUUCAACGUCACCGUAAUCAUGAAGACUAGCUCCAAUUUGGUUAAAACUAUAGGUUUUAAAUCUCUCAGUAAAUACCUACCACAGAAGGAACAAAACGAUUCUGAACCAAACAGCAUCGUGGUGUCCACUACCAUUGGUAAAGGAUCUGGAGCGAUCUCAAUAGACUUCCAGUUGAUCAAUAAAAGACCCCGCAACCACAUGAUACAGUGUGUAUAUUGGGAUUUUACGAAACACCAAUGGUCUGAUAAAGGUUGUAAAUGGGGUGGUCCUGAUAAGGAAAACCAUUGCGAAUGCAACCACUUAUCCUCGUUCACCACCCUCAUGUCAAAGAACCCAGAGAUUAUUCCCUAUAUGAAUGAGAUAACCUAUGCGGGCUUGGCCGUCUCAAUUGUCUCACUUCUUUGCUGUCUGGUGAUAGAAUGUCUUGUGUGGAAAUCUGUUGUCAAGUCUAGCGUCUCAUAUUGUCGCCACACAGCCCACAUUAACAUCUGCCUGUGUUUACUGAUAGCCGACUGCAGCUUUCUCGCCUCCGCUUUUCCCGACAAGAUCCCAGAAAAUUGGUGUCAGAUCUUUGUGGUAGUUAAGCAUUUCUGCUACCUGGCCAUGUUCUUCUGGAUGUUGUGCCUGAGUAUCAUGGUUCUCCAUCAGAUGAUAUUUAUGUUCCAUCAGAUGAGCAAGAAGGUUUGCUUGGGCGUGUGCUUUUUCGUCGGCUAUUGCUGUCCACUGUUAAUAGUUUUCAUUACAUUUAUCACCUACAAUAGUGGCGAGGAGAACGUAUACUAUACCUCUGACACGUGUUGGUUGGUUUAUAAAGGGUUUUUAAAGGGCUCGAUCUUCACGUUCAUUCUGCCUGUCGGUACUAUUGUGGUAAUCAAUGUGUUCUGCAUGAUAGUGGUUAUCAUGAGGCUCCUGAGACCAAGUAUUGAGGUCAACACUAAGGAUGAAAAAGAAGUGGUCAAAGGUAUCCUAAAAGCGAUUGUCCUCCUAACCCCAAUCUUUGGAGGGACAUGGAUUUUUGGAUUUUUUGUUUUGGUGUUUGACAUCACCAAAGGACCUACAGCCUUCCUGGUGAACUAUGCCUUCAUUCUGCUGAACGCAUUCCAGGGUCUCUUCAUUCUACUCACCACAUAUUUUGGAGAAAAAACGGUUCGUGUUGCACUACUGAAAUAUUUCAAAAUAAAACAGGUACAAUCAGCAGGGAGUGGAAGUUCCAAACUGGCAUCCACGCUGAAAACGAAAUGAUAUUUUUAAUCCAGUUUGACAAUUCUGU